GCUGUGAUUUAGUUAGGGUCCUAUUAGCUCAUUGUUCGGUACUGGGUCAGUUAAAAAACUGUCAUUUAAUAAAUAAAAAUAAUUAAAUUGUUAAUACUUUAAAUAUUCAUAUAAAAUGAUUAUAAUAAUAAAUUCGUACUAAUUUAUUUAUUGUAAUACUUAAUUAGUGUUAAUUGUACAAAAUCUGUGUUCUUAAAAGGAUUUUUUGAAAUUUACAAGAAUGCCGACCACAGUACCAUUCGGUUCGAACGAGAAAUGGCGCAUCAAUCGCAACAUCUUCGUCCUCGGCUUUGCGUUCAUGGUGCAGUUCACCGCUUUCCACGGCGCCGCCAACCUACAGAGCUCCGUCAAUACGGAUGAAGCGGCGGGAACCUUCACACUAGCCGCCAUAUACUUUUCGCUUAUUCUGUCCAACGUCUUCUUGCCUGCUAUGGUGAUAAAAUGGCUGGGCUGCAAGUGGACAAUAGCUAUAUCGUUCGUUGCGUACAUGCCGUUCAUUGCUGCGCAGUUCUACCCUCAUCUGCACACGCUGGUGCCGGCCGGCAUGAUGGUGGGCUUCGGAGGCGGGCCGCUUUGGUGCGCCAAGUGCACUUAUUUGUCUGUGGUGGCUGAACCCUAUGCGAAAUUGUCAGGAGUGUCAGCCGAGGUGUUGGUCGUACGAUUCUUCGGUCUCUUCUUCAUGUUCUACCAGAUGGCGCAGAUUUGGGGAAAUCUAGUGUCUUCUACAAUACUUUCGUCAUCGUUGGGCGAGUCACCGAGUUAUCUGAACGACAGCCUAGCACCGAAAGCUGCGGCUCUGGUCAGCAACUUCACAGCACCGAGACCUGACUACGGUGGAACUUGCGGUGUUAACUUUUGCAGCGGUAGCGGCGCUCAUGAGAAUACGAAUUUGGAGCCUCCGUCACCGCUGAAAAUUCAAGUGAUAGCAGGAGUAUACUUGGCCUGUAUGGCCUUCGCUAUUAUUCUUGUCACUGUCGGCGUUGACUCUCUGAGCAGAUACAAUUCCGGUCGACAGCCGGUAGCCCAGGGUAAGUCAGGUCUCCGACUCCUGGCGGUGACUCUGAGACAACUGCGCCACAAGUACCAGCUACUGCUUCUACCGGUCAUCGGAUACAUCGGUGCUGAGCAGGCCUUCAUGGCGGCGGACUUCACUCAGGCGUUUGUCGGUUGUGCGUACGGCAUCAACAACAUUGGGUACGUUAUGAUCUGCUUCGGCGUGUUCAACGCGCUCGCGGCUCCUGUGGCUGGAGCUGUCGUCAAGCUGACUGGCAGGUUCCCAGUCAUGGUCACAGCACUGAUCCUGAAUCUAUGUCUUUUAUCGGCAUUGACCUUGUGGAGGCCAGAUCCUGAUCAGUGGCUCAUAUUCUUCGUACUGGCAGCAAUAUGGGGCACAGCUGACGCAGUGUGGCUUGUGCAAGUCAAUGCUUUAUCUGGCAUCUUGUUUCCGGGUAACGAGGAAGCAGCUUAUUCCAACUUCCGUCAGUGGGAAUCGACGGGCAGUGUGUUGUCUUAUGCUACGGUGCCAUAUCUUUGCGUUAGAACCAGGUUAUAUAUUCUCCUAGGGUUCCUACUGUUGGGUUUCUCAGGGUACACUACCAUAGAGUUGAUGGAGUACCGUGCAAAACGUCGUCACCAUCAGGAGAGGAACUUCGAACUGGUCGCCGAGAAAAAUGAGCAGGAAUAAAGUAUUGACUACUAGCAUGAUCCCAUACGGGUUCACUCGUUCCCAUCCCGGUGGGAAUACGGGAAUAAAAAUUUGGUUCAUGUUUACCCACUGAUAAAACAUGGACUAUAAUUUAUACAGGGUGCUCGGGAGUAUUGCCCCUAACUCUGGGGUUAUAUUCUUUACCAAAAAUUAAUUUAAAAUGUUCAAGGAAUAUGUGUUCUAAAAUGAAUAUUUACGGGGUAAAUAAUAUUUCUUUUGUUAAUUGAUCUUAAAAUAUGUCCUUUAUACGCGUAGAUCUUAAAAUAUGUUUCAUAAACGCAUCCUUAUUAUUAUGAAGUAGCCAAGUUUGACGUAUUUUAAAAUGCAAGGACAGAUAAAGGUGUGUGUUACAUGGAUAGCCGGAAUUAUUUGAAUGUACGUAUGAAAACAUGAAAAGUUUUUUUUUUUGUAGUAUGUAUAUUAAUUAUGCUAUUCAGCUAUAAAUGGACUCGUCAACGCCUUGAAAUUAUGUGAAAUACUCCCGAGCAUCCUGUAUAGUCCAUGUUAAUCCAUGCAAUGGAAAGCAUUGACCUUUUGAAAUCGUUGCAGUAGUUUCGAUUUCGUAACAAAUAAACUAUCAAAUCUUACCUCUUUAAAAAUCAAUUGGUUUUAGUUUUAUUGAUCUUACUUAAUAUUGAUCUUACUUACUGUUUUACUUAAUAUUUUUUGAUUUUUUAAUGUUAUUUUUUACUAUUAUGAUUUAAUUGUAUAUUGAGUUUAUUAUAGGCUAAUAUUAUCUUUUACUAUUAUGUUUUAAUUGUAUAUUAUAAUGUAAGGAUAUAAAAAGAAAACCAAAUGUUGGAAUAAA